UGCAGUUUCUAACAUCUCACUGCCAGCGCCAGUCACAACCGAUUGAGCUACGAGAAUGAAUUGUAACUUUUGGACGUGAAGAAUUGGUUCAAAAUUUCAUUAUUGUGCGCCUGGAAAGCACCGUCUUCUUAUCUUUAAACUAAGUGAGAUAAAGUAAAGCAAAUAAAUAUCACAGAGGCAGGUUUCGUGCUCAGUUAUCGUCCCACCCUCAACCAAGAUGGUCCUUCCUGCACUGCUGUUCAUCGUAGCCGGUUUGCUGCUGUACGUGUACUACCGGUACCGCAAGCAGCGUUCCUUCUGGGCUGACCGAGGAGUUCCACACGUUCCGGCCAACUUCCGAAGGAAUCUGGAUCCGGCUCCGAUGCACAUGGCCCGUCGGUUUCAAGGCUACUACCAGCAAUUUAAGGACCAGUAUCCGUUCUGCGGGAUUUACUUCUUCACGAAGCCGGUGGCGCUGGCGAUCGAUCUGGAGCUGCUGAAGUGCAUCUUUGUGAAGGAUUUUCAGUACUUUCACGAUCGUGGCACGUACUACAACGAGCGGGAUGACCCGUUGUCGGCGCAUUUGUUCAACCUGGAGGGGACAAAGUGGAAAAACCUGAGGACGAAGAUUUCGCCGACUUUUACCUCGGGGAAGAUGAAAAUGAUGUACCCGACGAUGAUAGCCGCUGGGAAGCAGUUCAGUGAGUACAUGGACGAGAAGGUCAGCCAGGAGAAUGAGUUCGAGCUGAAGGAUUUGCUGGCGAGGUUCACGACGGAUGUGAUUGGGAUGUGCGCGUUUGGGAUUGAGUGCAACUCGAUGAAGGAUCCGGAUGCGCAGUUUAGGGUUAUGGGCAGGAAGCACUUUGAUACGCCUAGGGUGCGGUGGAGGGAUUCGCUGUGUGCGGUUGCUCCCAAGUUGGCGAGGUUCUUGGGAAUGCGCCAGAUCGUGCCGGAGCUGUCGGAUUUCUUCAUCGGGAUCGUACGGGAAACGAUCGACUACCGGGUGAAGAACAAUGUAAGGAGGAACGACUUUAUGGAUCUGUUGAUUGCGAUGAUGCAGGGUGAGAACAGCGAGUUGGGACCGCUGACGUUCAACGAGAUUGCGGCGCAGGCGUUUGUGUUCUUCAUUGCUGGCUUUGAGACGUCCUCUACCACGAUGACUUGGGCGCUUUAUGAGCUGUCGGUGAAUCAAGAGGUUCAGGAGCGCGCGAGGAAGUGCGUUCAGGACGUUUUGCAGAAGCACAACGGAGAGAUGAGCUACGAUGCGGUUAUGGAUAUGGCGUACAUCGAUCAGAUCUUGCAGGAAACCCUCCGCAAAUACCCCCCCGUCCCGGUUCACUUCCGCGUGGUCAGCAAAGACUACCAAGUCCCAGACACCAACACCAUCCUGCCCGCCGGAACAUCCCUCAUGAUCCCAGUGUACGCCGUUCACCACGAUCCGGAGAUCUUCCCCGAGCCAGAACGGUUCGAUCCGGAUCGUUUCACGCCGGAGGAGAUCGCCAAACGUCAUCCGUACGCGUGGACGCCGUUCGGCGAGGGUCCUCGAAUCUGCAUCGGAAUGCGAUUCGGCAUGAUGCAGGCCCGCAUCGGACUGGCGCUGCUGCUGAAGAGCUUCCGGUUCUCCACCGGGCAAAAGUCGACCGUUCCGCUGGACUUUACGGCGAAGAGUUUCAUUUUGUCACCGGAAGAGGGACUGUGGUUGAAGGUCGAUAAGGUUUGAAUAAAAGCGAUUGAGUUUCUUUA